GGGCAAUGGUUCUCUUCACAAACUCCAUCGCCUACGAUGCGCUGGCGUUCUUCGUGACGCUGACAGUUGUCGUCUACGCCUACUUUAAAUGGAAGUACCAGUACUGGAAGAGGAAAGGUAUCCCAUAUUUCGUGCCCAAAAUACCGUUCGGGAACAUUCCAAACCCACUGACAAGCCAAUUGAGCAUAGGAGAGCAUAUUGCUUUGUUGUACAAAGAAGCCAAGGCGAGAGGUUGGAAGGGCUGCGGGUUCUAUACAAUGGCUGUUCCAAUAUAUAUGGUGCUUGACUUGGAUUUGGUGAAAAACAUAAUGACAAAAGAUUUCAACAAUUUUAUGGACAGAGGCAUAUAUUUUAACGAAAAGGCAGAUCCAUUAAGUGUACAUCUACUUGCCAUAACUGGAAUGAAAUGGAAGAACUUGAGGGCCAAACUGACGCCGACUUUCACGUCGGGGAAGAUGAGGAUGAUGUUCCAGACAAUGGCAGACUGUGGCGUAAUCCUGGAAAAGUAUAUCAAGGACGAAGUUGCGGGAAAGCAAGCUGUGGACAUUAAGGAUAUUUUGGGUAGGUUCUCUACGGACAUCAUCGGUUCAUGCGCGUUUGGCCUGGAUUGCAAUAGCUUCGAACAACCCAAUUCUUCUUUCAGGGUCUACGGGAAGAAGGUCUUGGAGACCUCCACAUUGGAACUGAUGAAAGAGGCCUUCUGCAUCAGCUUCCCCAAAGCUGCUAGAGCCCUUUCUCUCCGUGUGUUCAGGAAGGAAGUGUGCGAUUUCUACACAUCGGUCGUGCAAGACACCAUCUCGUACAGGGAGAAGAACAGCGUCAAGCGUAACGACUUCAUGCAGCUGCUCCUCGAGAUGAAGGCCAAAGAUGACAAUGCUACAGAAAACGGCAACACCCUGACUAUGCCUGAGAUAAUAGCGCAAAGCUUCGUCUUCUUCAUAGCUGGAUUCGAGACCAGCUCCACUACCAUGACCUUCGCCCUUUUUGAAUUGGCGAGGAACACCGCCACCCAGGACAAAGUAAGAGAAGAAAUCCGCACAGUCCUCGCGAAACACGACGAUAAAGUCACUUACGACUCGAUGAACGAGUUGUUUUAUAUGAAACAAGUCAUCGAUG